GUGGAUUCGUGAUGGCUGCUGUCCAAGAGAAAGCCAGUCAGCUAUACAGAGAGAUUGCACAGAUACCAGUUGCUACUGAAGGUCGUAUAUUCCGCUCAGGGAACGGGCUGUACGAGGUUGAAGUAAAAUGGAGUCAAAAAGAUCUUGAAAGAGGAAAUAAAGUUACUUUUGCCAAGUCCUACCUGGUCGGCAGAGACCCUGGCUCGAAGAAACUCUCUGUACUCAGUAGCAACAGCUUCCAACGUGAUGCUGCAUCAGUUUCGCUGGAAUGUUAUUCCACUUGCGGGAAGUUCAGAGCUGUACUCAUGAAAGGAAAGUCGUCAAAGAUGGAGUCUGGAGCUGAACCACAGCAGUUUAUAGAAAUCUGGGACUCAAGUAAUUUGAUAAAAAGUUUUAAUGUCAAGGAGCAGUUUGGAAAGAAACAUGGCAAAAUUAAUGAUGAUGAUCAAUUCUCAAGCUUCCAGUUGUCCUUUGAUGGCUCAAAACUGCUCUAUGUCGCUGAGAAGAAGGUCCCAGACAGCAUUCCUUACUUCAAGAAGAAGAACAAUGGAGAUGAAGACAAAGGAUCUGAACCUAAAGAAAUGGGCACCGAAUAUGUAUACCGCCAGAGCUGGGGAGAGCAGUUGACGACAGUCAUUAAUCCUAUCAUUGUUGUAUUGGAUAUUAAGACUGAGGAAUGCACUGUUAUUGAUUCUCCUUCUAAUUACUCGUGUGGGCGGGCUAGAUGGGUACCUGACUCCACUAAAGAGCUGGUUUAUGUUGGCUAUGAUAACGAGCCACUUAAACUUGGUUUUGUCUACUGCUUCAAUAGAAAGUCAACUCUCUUUUGUGCCAAUGUUGAUACUAAUGUGUCAACUCCAUUAACUGAUGGUACAAAAUAUAUAUUUGGCUUGAGGUUCAAUGGAGAACCUCUUUAUUUAUUAUUUAUUGAGAAUGAUGCCGACCUUCCUUAUCCUCACAUGUCUUGUGCUCGAGUACGAAUGGUUGACUGGAAGACAAAGAAGAUUGAGACACUUGUUGAUUUAGUUGAUAAGUCAACCAAUGAAGGAUUCACUGGUGUAUAUGCAUACAGUCUCCCUGAUCGUUGCUGGGGGGAUAAUGACAAGAUGUAUUUUCAUGAUUGUCAGAAAUCAUACAGAGAGAUCAUGCGUCUAGAUGUUAACACGAAAUCAAUAUCAUGUAUCACGUCUGAUACUGAGAAAGGAGCUUAUGCUGUCUUUGAUGUAUUUGAUGGUCUGUUGCUAGGACGAUAUGCUAACCCAGCCCAACCAAUGAAAAUAUUCAUAGCUGAGCUACCUUCCAGCAGUGAUGGCUUUAAAGAUAUUGAUUUUUGUGAAAUUGCAACCACUACUGUAUCCAUUUCUGACAACAUUAAAUGGGAGGUUUUACCAUUAAAGAGAGAAGACUCAAGUGGUUAUCCGUAUGAGGCUCUCUUUGUAUCUCCUCGUGUUGUUGAAUCCCUUCCUCCACUGAUAGUGCUUCCUCAUGGUGGACCACACACUUCUAGCAUUGCUGAUUUUUUUGUAUGGACCACUUGCCUUGUUGGACUUGGAUAUUCUAUUGUGUUUGUUAAUUAUAAUGGAUCUAUUGGCUAUGGACAAGAUUUUAUCAAGUCGUUGUUGGGCAAUGUAGGAACACUUGAUGUGAAUGAUGUGCAGUUUGCUGCUGAGUCACUGGUAAAGAGAGGUAGUGUUGAUGCUAGUCGUGUAUUUGCUCUUGGUGGAUCUCAUGGUGGCUUUCUCUCAGUUCAUUUAGUCUCUCAGUUUCCAGACUUUUAUAAAGCUACCUUUGUCCGUAAUCCUGUCAUCAAUAUUGCUUCUAUGAGAAAUGAAACCGAUAUUAUAGACUGGACUCAUUCUGUUACUGGAUUACCCUAUGACCCUAAAGUCACACCUACUCCUGAUCAAUAUUCUAAAAUGCUUGAGAUGUCACCUAUUGUCCAUGCACAUAAGAUUAAAGGAGCUGUCACCCUAGCAGUUGGAGCAGAGGACCACAGAUGCCCUCCAUCCCAAGCUAGAGAACUCUACACUCUGUUACAUGCACAAGGAAAAGACGUCAAUAUGUUCCUGUACCCUAAGGACUGUCAUCCCUUGAUGUCAGUGGACACUGAUGCUGACUGCUACAUGCAUUGUGUACUACUGUUUAACAAGUAUUCAUAAACCAAGAGAUAUUAGGAUUAACUGUUAGGAAGAGUACAUGUACAUAAUGUUAAGAUUUGUGUGUGCGUGUGUGUGUGUGUAUUAAAUCAUUGUUGAUCUUUGAUACAUGAACCUGUUAAUUUAAUGGAGUGUAUAUAAGUUUUGAUGAUAUUUUUCAAAUUGAU